UCCAUACUUCUUCAUCACUAUCUCGUUCGUAAAUUCCGCCGCCUGAUAAAUAAUCGAUCACUGGUCGCGCGCGCGUUGGACCCAUUUCGAAGGCGAACCUAACCUCGAAAUGGGCCGAAAACCGAGGCUGCGUUCUCGAGUCGACCACGGGGCCCAACAAUGCCAACGCCACGUGCUCGGUGCACCGUUGAAAGGGCUUUUCCCUGCAGGUCGGGACUCGUUUGUCCGGCGGGAAUACGUCCGGCCGUGGAGAGGUUUCCAAAUAAGGAAAAAACGGGCGAAAGCAUCGAUUCGCGGAAAGCCUCUUAGGCCGAGACUCGGCUGACGCGGCCGAGCCCUUCUUUUGUGAUUCUUUGAAAGCGGAAAGUUUCCAAUAUAAAGAGGAUCAUUGACUCCGCCGAUAAAAAAAGAAAAAUAAAUAAACCUGUAGAUGGUGAUCCCGUUUCUUCGCUUUCUGCAGAUUUACUUCAACAAUUAGGAAUUAAUUAAGUAUGCAGAUUCCCCGAUGAAAAACAUUCACUUUUUGGACUUUCAAAUCGCACCAGGUUUGGACUAGCCAUGUCCAGUAGGAGGCGCCGAGGAUUGAAAUUCAGCGUAUACGGGAAAGUAGCACGAGAGAGUCGUGAUAGAUAGGAUGAGUGGGCCUCGCCAGAGCGAAGCUCGGUGCUUCAACGAGAACUCUCCGAGGCCACCAGUGCCUGGAGAGGAGACCGGAGGAUACGUCACCAGGUUUCGACCGCAGAGCCCCGCUCUGACACCGAGGCGCUCGUCGUUGGCCACUGCGACAGCCUCUGGCUACUGCGAUGCCUCCGCUCCAUUGGGAUUCGAGCCGGAAGGUUGUUGCGGAACCACCACCAUGGAGAGCGACUCUCCUCCGGCUUGCCUGCGUUGGGCCCGGAACCUCCAUACCCUUCUGCAGGACCCGGAGGGCCUUGAGCUCUUCAGGAAGUACCUUGACCAGGAAGGGAAACCGCACGCGAACCCCCUCAAUUUCUGGUUCGCCUGCGAAGGACUCAAGGAGCAGAAGGAUCCCGAUAGGAUAUACCAGCUGAUCAAGCUUAUUUAUAGAAGGUUUUUUCUCAAGUCGCAGCUAGCGAUACCAGAAGAUGUGAGGAAAGAGGCGAACCGUAGAAUAAAGGAAGGUCGAGCUGAUGGAAAGGUCUUCGAUGCAGUGCAGCUGGAGGUCGAAAGGCUUAUCAACGAGACAACUUAUCCUAACUUUCUGCGGUCUGACAUGUACCUGCAGUACGUGCAGGCUUAUCAGAACCCAGACUCCGGAGGUUGUCCAAGUUCGAGUUCCAGCAGGGAGAUGUCUCUCUCCUGUGGACCCAGCCUCCUGCCUACGGUGCACGAAGAUAGUGAAUUUGUCAGCUCGGUGCAUAGCUCUCACUCUGCCAGCGAAACACCUGGUGAGCUGCGAGGCGAAUUGAGACUGACAAGAGAUGUCUUGAUAGCCACGCAGCAAACCAGGGCAAUGGAGUUAAGACCCAAGCCGGAAGCUUACGCUGGCAUUUACUUGCAACCCGGAGCUAGUCCCUAUCAUGCACCGGUAUCCAGAUUGCACGCCCAAUAUUCCUCGUACAACCCAGUCUCCAGGCAGGACUCGGAGCUCCAGAGCUUGAGCAGCGAUGCACGCACCGAAUCGGAUAAUAUGUCCCUCACCGACUCCUCGGUGGACGGGAUGUCGAUAGGCAGGCAGCGCAGCAAGAAGCAGUACAUGCGGCAAUGCCGGGCGAUAAAAGAAUCGGCGAGCCUGAACCGAGACCCGAUGGCCCACCAUACGGUGAUACCCCGUACCCAGCGAGUCCCCCGCGACCUGACCCAACCCCUGGAGCCGAAGGCAUUCGCCCAGGUGCUGAUCGAGAAGCUGGAGAAGGUCCGGAAGGAACGAGAGUCCCAGGAGAAGCUGGACUGGCACCUGCAGGAGGGCGAGCUGGGCUCGGCGGAGGCCCCGACGGAGCUGCUGACUCUGGGGGCCCCGAAAGCCCUGGCCGACGCCCUCCGGGAGCAGCUGAUGGUCGAGGACGACAGCGACCAGGCCAUCCUGGACCAGCACGUCUCGCGCGUCUGGUCCGACCUGACCCCCUCGAGGUCCCCGGGCCUCGUCUCCCCGAGGCCCCACUCGCCCAAUCGCAGGAGAGGUCUGUCGCAUAACUAUCCGCGACAAUACAAGCCCAGGAAAGAGAAGGAUGUAUUCUCCACCUUCUCUGCAGACAGCGGUAACGUCCACGACUUCCCGGAGGGCAGCGACCUCGUCGGGGCUGGUUCCGUCAGCUCGCUGGGGUCGCACCUGCCCAAGUCGAAGUCCGUGCCCUCCGAUUACGCGGACUCCCUGCACAAGCCGGAUCUCUAUCUUCAAGGUCACGACCAGAGAUUCCGGAGGUCUGACAUGACCCGGCGAUCCGGCACGAAGAAGUCGAUGACGGAGUUGACGGACAGCGGAGUAAGCGUCGUCAGCGAUGCUCCACCCUUGUCUCUCAGCAAGGACAGCCGCCUAUUGUCUUGGUUGAAGGAGUCGGACAAGAAGGACUCGAAACAUGGCCGCCACGGCAAGAAGUAUGGCUCGAGGAGCGGCUCUUUGGAGAGGGCCAACAGAGAAGCAUGGGGCGUACCUGCACAGCCGUUCAUCGCGGAUCCUGGAAUGCCACCUCUGCCGCAGCCCCAUACCGCAACGCAGCUAGAGGAAGCCCGCAGAAGGCUUAUGGAAGAAGACAGAGCCCGAGGAUGCACGAGACAGCGACAUCCAGCAUGUGGAAAGCCAACUUACGAACCAGCUGGCCAGAGCCAACCUUGCGUGCAGUCGAACCAAUCGACCCUGAGGAAGACCAGACAGGAUGCCGGAGACUUUACCACCGUCGUGUUCAGCUUCUGCGAUGAGCAGUUCCCUUAUAGGACCAAAAUACCUGGACACAACGUCACCCUGAAGCAAUUCAAAGAGUACCUCCCUAAGAAAGGCAGUUAUCGAUAUUUCUUUAAAACUGAGUGCGAGGACUUGGACACGAAAGUCAUCCAGGAGGAAAUCACUGAUGAUGCCGAGAUCCUGCCACUGUGGGAGGGAAAAGUAAUGGCGCAGGUCAAGGCGUUAGAAUAGAGGGAAAUAAUGUUACAGAGGGAGGAAGAAGGAAAUGCGAAGUUGAGGUUUAACGUAGAACGUUUUCAACAUUCUUCCUUUGCUAUCCGGUGUGCCGAUGCUCUACGUAGGAUCUGUUAUGGACAAUCAUGUUGCACAGAAUGCGUUAUACUCCGCGUACCAGACUUUUUUCUAAGUUAACUUACUUACCUCGUACACAGAGUAUUUUAUCAGAAAAUUACAGAGAGUAAUUAUUAUUUUAUAUCGUUAGCACGCAGUCUUCGGACUUCGAUGAAGUCGCAAAUACUUCCCUAAGCGUCAGGAUGUGACCGGUGAAAUAUUUUGAGAAUCUUUAUAUAUAUAUAUUUUUUUUCUUUCCAAACCACACAUUGUUUCUUUGCAAAAGAAACAUUACCCUUGUUCUUUUCAGUAUGUUGGUUUCCAUACUUUUAAUUAUGGACGAAAUUACCGAGUUUUUUUAAAGAGUGAAAUGUUAGUGCCAUGACACUGCAUGUCUUUUAAUGCGCUUUUAGUUUAUUUAUAAGAGAAGGGGAAUUAUGCUGUUUAAGAGAAUGAAGGAUUUAAUGGCAGAAUCCAGUGCGCUCUGAAUUGGGAAUAUUAAUCUGGAGAAUAUUCUUAUAUGGAUCGUUAAGUGAAUCGGAUUAUUUCCUGUAAGAAUGGUGGGCCUUUUUUCAACCGGACUUUUAGUGGAAUUAUUGAUUAUCUGAGACAAAAAUCGCGUGUCUUCGUUUUAAUCAAGAAACAAUAUGUAGACGCGUGCAUUUUUCCUGGAUCAUUGAACAGAUGAAAUGAUCCAAUGUAUAGUAUAAAAUUAUAAUGUUGCUAAUAUAUGAUAACAAUUUUUUUUUAUGAGAAUUUAAUCACGUUAUGAAUGUCUUUACACUUCAGUUGAGUAACAUCUACAUUGAACUUGAAAGAAGUAUUUUAUUUUUGUCCUUUUUUGAAUACAAUGCUUUUUUAUUUGGUGGAACAAGAACUGAUUUCACUGGAAAAAAAAAAAAAAAAAAGAGUUACGGGAUAAAAUACGAAGAUCCUUCAUUUUCAUUCGCUUGUUUGUUUCCUUAAAUAAUUUCGUAUGACAGUUUUGUUUCGCGCAAAUCUGUGCGUUGAUAUACCAGAAACAAUUCUACAUAAUUGAUACAGUAACAUUAAUGACAAAUUAACGUUUAAAACAUUUAUGAGUUAAUCAAAGCAGUAUUGUCGCACCAUUUGCAUUGUGCCCUUCCUUUUAAUUUGGAGUUAAAGUUUCGUAUUGUGUACAAGUUGACAAGUAGCGCCUUAUAUGUCAACACGUUACAUUUGAACUAUUUAAUUGAAAUAAUUUCUCAGUGGGAAAUGGGCUUUUAUUUAAUCAUUUUACUGAUGUAUUUUGUGCUUCCUCUAAGACGAGUCGUCUGUACAGAAUUGAGAGAAAAGUAGGAAAUUUCUUCCACGUGCUCUUCCUUUUACAUAAAUUAAAAAUGAAAGCCAUAUUUGCGUUGAUGUAAUACCGAUGAGAAACUGUUAUUUCUCCCCAAAGGCUGUAAGUCAUUUUAUUUGCUUAAUUCCUGUUUCGUAAUUUCUCUUUGAUACAAAAAACGGCUUUUAUGUGGAGUAUUCGUAAGACACUUCCGAAACAAAGAAACGCGGAUUAUUCCUUUUCCCACGAGUGGGAAUACAUUCGUAAAAAAGAUUCCUCAAGCGUCUUUCUGUAGAAAAAAAGAGAAUCUGAGACAAGUUCUACAAUUCCCGAUGAUAAGUUUUAGGUCUCGGAAUGAAAAAGAACUUCCGAAAAGAAAGACGCGUUCUUCCUCUUUGCGUAUUAUGUAUUUGCGUCGAUUCUGUUAGAACGGUUUCUUUUCGAGAACGACAUCUACGACAUCUGUCGAAGGACACCGAAUGCACAGGGUGUCCUUUUUAAGAUUCCGUUUCUUAAACUUGAACGGCUUUUUUAUUUUUUAACCAUUUCGGAUAAUAUUUUAAAUAUACUCUGUAAGGCUUGUUUUCCCAAAAAAUUACACUUGGACAUCAUGUUACAUCAAUUUUAAGUAAUACAUGCGACAGUCAGGGUUAGAAUUUCAGGAGAAAUCAAAUGAGUUCUGAAAUAUCUCGCUAGGGCCAUUUUGAGGAAACCAAAUGUUUUCAGAUAUGAAAACAUGUUGAGAUUUAUUUUGCCUUUUGUUUGAAACCACUUGCAUUUUGAAUUUUCUGCCGAAUGAACAAAAAUGAUCUGACUACCCGGCAGAAAUGAUGCCAUUUAUUUCUUUCUGGAGGAAAACAUUAUGACGUCAAAAUGCUGUAAUAAAUCAUUGACUGAAACAGAUUGAAACACAGGAAUUUUACCCUAGAUUAAAAAACGAUUCUUAAAAAGGACGCUGUGUAUACUUUUUUGUUUGCGCACCCUUUUUGACCCUAGAGCAAACAAUCUCGUUCUGCGUGGAGCAUCGGUCGUACUUUUCUGCGAAAGAAAACGAAUAACGAUAAACACAAUGUUCUUCCUGUUUUGUAAAUCCGAGAGAUACGCGAUAUUCGCGUAAAUAGUGUACGUAAAACGGCCUCUCUCUGUGAGAGCACUGAUCUAUAUAUUAAUUAGUACUAGUGGCAAAGAAUUAAUAUGUUCCAUGGAAGCCCAGAUUCUAGAUUAACGUUUGAUGCUCUAAAAGCUGGCUAACAAACCAGAAGUGAGGUUAUAAAAAAUAUGGCGGACAUCCUGCAUAUGAGGGGAAGAGUGACGCGUAUAGAAAAGCGGAUAUUGUAAGACGAAGAACGCAUGUUAUCCGCUGUAUAUCGCCGUAAGAUCGAGAGAGAUGGAGAAUGAUUACAGCGCCGCUAUGUGUUGGCUAACGGACUAAUUGUCGAACAUCAAACGUGUGUACCGUUCUGACUUUUUACGGAGACUUUUGAAUUCUUUGUCAGUACUAUUAAAGAAUUCAGAGGUCCUAUAAAAGUUUAGAUCCUAUGUUAACGUAUGAUGCUCUAAAAGUUGGCUAACAAUGCAGAAGUAAGGUUAAAAGAGUGAUGGAAAAGAGAGUGAGGUUAAAAGUGAGAUCCUGCAUAUGAGAGGAAGAGAGACGCGUAUAGAAAAGCGGAUAUUGUAAGACAAAGAACGCAUGUUAUCCGCUGUAUAUCGCCGUAAGUUCAAGAGAGAUGGAGAAUUAUUACAGCGCCGCGAUCUGUAGGCUAACGAACUAAUUGUCGAACAUGAAACGCGUGUACCGUUCUGACUUUUUAUGGAGACUUUUGAGUUCUUUGUUAGUACUAUUAAAGAAUUCAGGGGUUCCAUAGAAAUUCAGAUCCUACGUUAGCGUUCGAUGUUCUGAAAGUAGAUUUAUAAACUUGGAGUAAGGUUAGAAAAGAAAUGGCACGUAUUAGCCAACGACAUCUCGCAUGGAAAAGAGACGCGUAUAGAAAAGCGAGUAUUGUAAGACAAAGAACGCAUCUAAUUCGCCAUAUAUCGCCAUAAGAUAGACAGGGAAAUGAUUACAGCGCCGCCAUCUGUAGGUUAACGGACUAAAUAUCGAGCAUCAAACGUCAGGAUCCUUCUAGGCUUGUAUGGAAUAUUUUGAAUUCUUCAUUAGUACUAUACCAGUUUGUAUAUAGAUCAACGCGUGGGAGACAUCUGUCGGUGGCGCGACGAACUAGCGCGCGACAGAAAAUGGCCGCUGCACGCACAUUGCACAGAUCCAAAAGAAAAAAGCAAAAUCGAUCGCGAGUCAUGCCUAAGGAAGCCACUUUGCUGUAUCGGAGUCCCGAUUUCCUUUCGCGCAGCUAUGCUUUUCGUUCGGCUGUGCAGUCUGUGUGCACUGAUUAUGUGCGUUAUGCAUUGUCCAUAGAGUAUAGUUGUAGGAGACCGAUUCUCUUGAAAUGAUAAGAUGUAGCGAGUGCUUCUAGUGCGCUACAUUACCCGUGGAAUGUAAUGAAGAAAAUGAGAAUGCGAUCGGGAAUAUAGCUAAUGACUAACCGUUUUAGUACCGGCCUUAGUCGUUAGCACUUGUAAAUCGACUAUAUAUCGUUGUCCGGCACUAAAAGGGUUAAAUUCUCUGCGAAUCUGUAAGCAUUUAUGAGAAUCAAAUCUUUCAAACGAGAUCUAAUUGGUUCUCAACAAUUUCGACAAGUUGUGGGGAAUUAUGUCGCGUAGAAAAUGUCUAUGAUAUCUCUAAAGAUUUUAGUUUUAAUGUUCCAGUAACUGAAUCUUUGGACGUUCUUUAAUUGGACAAAUCGCUAUUAAUCGGCUAACUUAAUGUUCUCCGAGAUUGACGGCAACAAAAACUGCGGAAAUGAAAAAUCAACGCAAGUAAGAAAGGAACCACGAAUUUAAAGGACACUGUUUUUCUGAUUAAGAAGUAACUUAAUUUCAUGAAUGUAGAUCAAAAGGUGUGUCCCUUUAAUAGUUCGAUUCUAUCUUACUUAUGUUUCAAUUUUGGUUUGAAACCACUUGCGCAAAACGCUUAGAAGUCAUCCCAAAAGCGUGCGAAGUUAGCGACGAAUGCGACCGCGGCGCCAUCUCGCGGCGGCAGUAUUAAGAAAUCGAAGCGAGAACUCGGUCUCCUUAGAUCUAUACUCUCUGAAAAACCGUCGGACUGCCCCGUCUGCUGGAAAAACGAACAGAAACGUAUGAAAAACCCGUACGUACUCGUUUUGAACAUUUCUGUAUGUUUCUAUGCAUCUACAAGAAGUAAUAGACGACCAUCGUGAGAAUGCGAUUACAAACGUACACGUACGUUUACAUUAGCGUGGACUACGUACACAUAACCUGCAUUUCGGUUCGUUUCUUCAACAUGGGCAUUUUCAUGAAAAAUCUCUUCCGUUCGAAGACUUCCCAUAGUUUUCCAGCCGACUGUACAAAAGCCUGCGUAGUUUACCGCCUUAACAAGGUCUGCGCAUAGACCCUAGACUUACAUAGAAGGAUUAUUAUUACAAAUUAGGCUGUAAGGAUUUAUAUAUAUAUACAUAUAUUAUAUAUAUAUUAUAUAUAUAAAAAGAACUAAAGAGCGAGAGAGGAAAGCGUUAUUAUUGAGGGGGCGAUGCACCGAUCGCCGCGCCAUCAUUCGUCGAACCAUUGUAAUAUACGGUCACGUUCACGCUCACUCACGUGACGCAGAGAAAAUGAGAGAGAGUGAGAGAGAGAAUGCGUGUUUGCGUGAGUGCGAGAGAGAAAUACGUAAGAAUCGCGUAGAGAGAAUCAGCUAGGUAGUGUUAGACAAGGCGUGGAAAGUAAAGAGAUGGAGCGAGGGGAGGGGAAUACCGCGGACAAAGGAUCAUUAGCAUUUAGAUCGUAACAAUGUUUUAUCAGGUGCGGAAAAUUGUGCCUUUUUAGUGCUGUAAGGGACUCGAUUAAGCCUAAGCGAGGGUUAAGAGAUACUUAUUAGUUGUGACAGAGUCAGACGGCCUGAGGACCUCGAGGUGGGCGUCACUAGCGCCGUGUCGCGGUGAGAAUACGAACUACCCUUUAGGCAUCGUUUUUAGUGCAUCAAGUUCACAGCGAUUCUAUGGGAAUUUAGGACAAUUAACAGUUUUUUAAUCAGGCUCAAAUUAUUCAUGAUAAUUUUAAUCAUUUCGAUGAGACACGAGAGGUUUUGCUCCGUCGAUAAUCUUCGCGAUGUCUGAACAUUUUAGAGCUUUCAGAGUUUUCAGAGAAGGUUUUAGAGUCCGUGCUGGAGUUUCUGAAAUUUUAAGGGUUGGACAAGCUACUUAACUUCCUAACCUAUUUUCUGUGCGUCUUGAGAUUGAUAAGGAUUCAAUGACGCUAAUUUACCGAUGACAGACAUGCCUAAUUCUGGGACAAGUAUUUGGUAGUAUUUCUUCCGUUUUAUGAAAAAAGAUAUUUUACAGGUAUCUUAGUCUUUCAGUUGUAAAUCUUUCUCUUCAUGGAAGAACGAUAACAGCAACGGCUUACAGUUUUAUUUGCCUUCUUUUUUUCCAUCAUUCGUGUAACGAUGGACUAUUUAUUUUUUUUUAUUUUGACCAUUGAUUUCUUGUAAUGUUUUAUGGCACUAUAACGUUGAUACAACGUUGGAAUAAUUACGGUCUAAUUUGUGUGCAUUUUGUUGGGCGCUCGUCGGCGCGCCAUCUCGAGGUGUUUCACAAUCGACGGUAUUUUGUUAAAGCUCCAUUAGUCGCUGGCGCUCGCUUCCUAAAUCCGAAAAAAGGGUUAACAUCGAGGGGAGAAAAGUAAGGAGAGGAAAAUAAGGAAUAAGGAAUAAAGGAAUUAGGGAAAGGGGAGGAACGAGAAUGGGUGUACGUACGGCAGCGCCAUCUCGGGCGCCCUCGGUGAAGGAGGCGAGGAGCAUCUUGGCCAAUAAUUUCUUUUAAUUGUACGUAAUUAAUUAUUAUCGACUAAUAUCACGAAUGAUAAAGUGUUCCUGUACCUAAUUAAUUAAUAAUUAUUAUUGUAUAUCAAAAGUAUUGAGGAUAAUAAUAAUAAUGCGAUUUUCACUGGA